AUGAAUUGGACAGGCGGCCAGCUGCAACGUCAUCACAAUCGCUCGGGCCUGUUGACCAAAGCCCAGAAGCAGAAUUUCGCCAAGUCGAGACUCCAAAAGGGCACGGCCAUCCCCCCACCUUCACCAUUCCGAAACUUCCCUGGUAUUGGAUUCAAGGGCUCGAGCAAUAGGGACAAGGAUGAGGAGGCAGAGACAAAUGGGAAUCAAGUUACGGAAGAGCCCUCCUCACAUUUGACUGGUGGUCAGCCCUCUCGUAGUGACAAUGACUUGACUGAGGUCAAGCGCCAACUGCUGAAAGAACCUGAUUGGGCAGCCGUUUCUGCUACACGUCCACUCGAGCUUGCAUUCACAUCUGUGGAGGAAGUCGAGCGGUUUGGGAAGCGACGAAAGCUAAACGACAAGGACAGAAAACGGCUGGUAGCAGCUGACACCGACGGGCCUACUUUCUUUGAGCGACCCAUCUCCCAACGAAGAGGCAGAAAUUCAUCAUUGGUGAUUGAUACCAUUGAAGAAGACAUUCAUUUUGAAAUUAACGGACGACCAGUGGCACAAUCCAAUGACAGCUCUGGGGUAGUCAUGAGCAGCAUGUCAUCACAGUCAAUGCUACUUGACCAUGAAGGAUCUCCUAUUGUUGAACAGGACCCGGGAAAAAGGAACCAGACUGCUACCUGGAUUACCAAUCUCUUUCCCCGUUCGCAAUGA